AUGAAGGCCUCCAUACUUAGCACUAUCGCAGCGUGUCUACUGCCUAUGGCAACGAUAGCUUCACCGAAUGAAGGCGCCCAUGGUCUAAUCAAGCGAGAUUAUCGAACGAGGUACACCACCAGCGGUCGCCGAGGCCGUAUCUUCCCCUACGACUCACGCGAUACCUACGUCCUGACCAACGACACAGUCCUCGAAGUCGUCCACAUCGACUUGCCCCCCGGCACGAUCGACGGCCCUCCCCGCUAUGGGUUCGCUUUCCCUCUUAACAACGGCACCCUCGCGAUGUACUUUGUCAUGGAGAGUUACUUUGAAGAACAUCCGGAGCGCGCGGAGAACAGCCAGGACUUUGUGGUCACGACCAUUGACGCGGCGACGUGCGAGGUGACCCUGAGCUUUGGGGGACAGCAGCAGUUCCUGCACUUCCCGGCGAAGGGCAAAGGCGCGCCACUCAUCACAUUGAGGACGGAUGAUGUUCCGAGGGCGGACGCGCAUGCGGUGCAGACGAUCACGGCUGUGCCCCACAAGCCGGAGCACAUCUACCUCCCAGGCAACGAGGAAGAGCACCUAGCGGAAGCCACCGAGGCUCUCCAGAAAUACGGCGGCAUCCAACAGCGCAUCGGCCCCGUGCAUGUCGGCCUCGAGGACCUAGCAGCCACCGGCUGCGCCGCGAGGAAACUCGCCGCCGACCUCCCCCCCCCCCCCCAUCGCGACGCCCUGGUCCUCGACGCGGAACUGGGGCGUGGGCAAAUUUCGGCGAGACGAGGCGCCAACGUGUUCGAGCGCCAACAUGCAGCCUGGGAGGCGCCGUGGGUCCUGGCGACGCACCCCGGGGACGUGUCGGCGGACCAGCCUGAGCAGGCUGUCGAGGCGUGUGGGACUAUGGUCGAGGCUGGUGUUACGGUGGUCCGUCCUUUUUCGAAGGACCCUGUGGACGAGGGGUGUUGGUCGGCGCUGUUUGAUGCGAUGAGCAGGCGGGUUGGCGAGGAGCAGAUCGACGGCGCGUGUGUUGUGCCAGACUGCAAGGUCACAGAGCCGAGCAGCCAGGCCAGGAGCGAGGAACUGCAGGAGCGGCUGUGGGAUCUGACUGUGGAUGUGUCGAAGGGGAGGCUGGGUGAUCUGCCGUAUUUGAGAGAGCAAGCAUAG